CUAUAAUGUUAAAACCUGGCAAGUUAGACAGCGAAGACAUACUCAAGUGUUGCCUUGUCACUCUUUCUCUCUCUCUCUCUUUCUCCUUCUCCUUCUUACAAAACCCUCUCCAAUCCCAAUUCUUACAUUACAUUUUCCAAACAACCUUAUUCUCUCUCUCUCUCUCUCUCCGUAUGUGUAGGGUCGGAGCCAAAUACGAUACCGUUUCAAGGGUUGCAAUUUGCAACCUUUUGAUUGGUCUCUCAUCUCUUUGUCCAACCAAAAACAACAUUUGAUGAUAUAAAGAACCCAACUUUGUCCAUUUCAAUUCUCUUACUUUUUCUUUUCCUUUCAUUGCUCAGUUUUUAGACAGACCCAAUUUUCCAAAUUUAUUUAUUUAUUCAAAAUUAUUUGUUAUUUUUGGGUGUAUGAUCAACAUCAUCAUCGGGAAAACGCCAUAUUUGUUUGUUAAAUCCUUUAAAAAAUAAAAGAUAAAAUGUCUCAAACUAGCUAUUACCGAUCACCGUUCGGAGACACGACUUACACCAAAGUGUUCGUCGGAGGAUUAGCAUGGGAAACUCACACCGAAGAAAUGCGUCGUUACUUCGAUCAGUUCGGAGAGAUUCUCGAAGCUGUCAUCAUCACCGAUAAAAACACCGGCAAAUCUAAAGGCUACGGUUUCGUGACUUUUCGGGAGGCGGAAGCUGCGUCGAGAGCCGUCGCUGAUCCAAAUCCGGUGAUCGACGGAAGAAAAGCCAACUGUAAUAUUGCGUCUUUUGGACGGCCAAGACCAUCGCCUCCUCGAGGACGAGGACAAACAGGAAGUCCGAGUCAGUACCAGAGUGGAGGACCAUCAGCCUAUACGGGUAUGGCUGCACAGCUUCCACCGGCUGCAGCUGCCCAGCUCCUGUAUCCGAGCUACGGGUACACCUAUAACCCAGAUCAAUUUGGGUACCACCAACAUCAACAUCAACGGUUUACUUCUCCUUCUUUCAUUGUUUACCCCUCCACUUCCUCUUUCGCACCUCCUCUCCAAGGACUACUCUCGUCUUCCACAGAAACUGAAGCACCACAACAAGUAUCAGCAGAAGAGGAAGCAACGACUACUACUGCACCUGAAAUUACAACCAGCAACAACAAAGAAACAAUAUCUUCUUGAUCUCUUGCAUUUCCCAAUUUGUACAAUCUUCACAUUUUACCUCUCCCUCUUUUUCUCUCUUAAGAGAGAGUUUAAAAAAAAACAGCUAAUUCAUUUAUUUCUCAAACCAGAGUUAUGACUUGAGCCUCAAGAAGACCACUCUAGACUGUCAAACUUUAAGACAGCUCUAUAUAUCUCUUUAUAAUACUCUUGUCAUAGUUUCUCUCACUUUUUUUUUUCUGACGAAAUCUCCAUAUAAAUCGAGUUCUUCAG